UCGCGCGAAACCGGCGCAGGCUUUUGGCGCUCAUAAGGCACGCAACGAAGGCGGUGCAUCUUUAUCCUCAGGCAUCGUGUUUAUUUAUCUUUUUUGAGUAAGUUCAUACACGGCUAAUUCGCACCGUGACUGAAAAAAAGGACCUGCUGACGCAGUACAGGGUUGCUGUUCUCCAGUGCCAGGAAGAACAGGGCUGUCAGUCGCUAUGGGAAUUCACGGCCUUGCAAAGCUGGUAGCAGACCAGGCCCCUUCAGCCAUCAAGGAGCAUGACAUCAAAAGCUAUUUUGGACGGAAGAUAGCGAUAGAUGCAUCGAUGAGUAUUUAUCAGUUCCUGAUUGCAGUGAGGCAGGAUGGCAAUAUGCUGCAGAAUGAGGAUGGAGAAACGACCAGCCACCUGAUGGGCAUGUUCUACAGGACAAUCCGCAUGCUGGAGAGUGGAAUCAAGCCUGUGUAUGUGUUUGAUGGCAAGCCACCGCAGCUGAAGUCGGGGGAGCUGACAAAGAGAGGGGAGCGUAGAGCAGAGGCAGAGAAGCUUCUAGCCCAGGCACAGGAAACAGGAGAACAGGAGAACAUUGAUAAGUUCAGCAAGCGCCUUGUGAAGGUCACCAAGCAGCACAACGACGAGUGCAAAAAGCUCCUCACCCUCAUGGGCGUGCCCUAUAUCGAGGCACCCUGUGAAGCGGAAGCCAGCUGUGCUGCGCUCGUGAAGGCGGGGAAGGUCUUUGCCACGGCGACGGAGGACAUGGACGGCCUGACGUUUGGGACAAACGUCCUGCUGAGGCAUCUAACCGCCAGCGAAGCCAAGAAACUGCCGAUUCAGGAAUAUCAUUUCAGCCGUAUUCUUCAGGACAUGGCUUUGACGCACGAGCAGUUCAUAGACCUGUGUAUCUUGCUGGGCUGCGAUUACUGCGGCACAAUCAAAGGUGUAGGACCUAAAAGAGCCAUGGACCUCAUUCGACAGCACGGCUCCAUUGAGAAGAUUCUGGACAACAUCGACCUUUCUAAAUAUCCCGCACCAGAGGACUGGCUGUAUAAGGAGGCUCGUGAGCUGUUCAGGGAACCAGAGGUGGUGAACUGCAACUCUGUAGAACUCAAAUGGAGUGAGCCGGACGAAGAAGGACUCGUCCAGUUCAUGUGCACUGAGAAACAGUUCAGUGAGGACCGUAUCCGUAACGGCUGUAAGAAGAUUCUGAAGAGCAGGCAAGGCAGCACUCAGGGUCGCCUGGACACCUUUUUCACCAUCACGGGGUCGCUGUCGUCCAAACGCAAGGAGCCUGAGGUGAAAGGGUCAGCCAAGAAGAAACAGAAAACAAGUGCAACUCCAGGAAAGUUCAAGAAGGGCAAGUAGUGUGGAGAAGGUGAACCGUGGCAAGAGGAUGUUACAGGAAGAGUGUUAAGUGGAUGACUGACGUGCUGACCUCCAGCUCUUUAAUAAGCAGGAGCUCUACAACAGGAGGAACUUUUAGCAAUAAAUUCAAUGCUCAGUAUUUUACUAAUAGAUAAGUUUGUCUUUUUGUUCAUGUUAAAAGCAAUGUGUCCGUGGAUGACCUGUAAAUCCAUUGUAACUUGAAAAUAAUAAAUGUGCUAUUGCUUUUUUUUUUUUUUUUUUUUUAAUUUAAAAUUAUGUUAGACUCAGCACAUGCACAGUGAUGGUGGUUUGGCAGUGGCACUGACCAGCAUGGAAUGUGCAUUGUUUUUAUUUUCCCUGGUAAAU